GCGGGGCCGCAGGGGAUGCGGGCUGCGUGGCCCACGCCUGCCUCCACUCGGGCCACCGGGUGUGAGACUGUGUCCCGGCGUGUGGCGCACACACACAUACACACGCGCACACACACACACAGAAACGAGCCCCGCUUCGACGUGCUUGUCAUGGCUUAAAAAUAGAUGCUAAUCCGUCAACCAGUCUGGCAGUGGCAGCCGCGGCGGCGGCGGCGGGAGAGUCAUGGCCGUGGGGCUGCCGGCGCCUGUGAUCUGCCUCCGGGACUGAGACCCGCGCCGCUUCCCGAGACACAGCUACCUGGGGACGGACCCCUCAUCACUGCUGCCACGGUUCCUGCCGCCUCUAAGAUGUGCCCAGGUAACUGGCUCUGGGCUUCAGUGACAUUUAUGGCCCGCUUCUCCCGGAGUGGCUCCAGGUCGCCUGUUCGCACUAGAGGGGCCCUGGAGGAGAUGCCAAGCGUCCAGCAUCCCUUCCUCAAUGUCUUUGAGUUGGAGAGGCUUCUCUACACGGGCAAGACCGCCUGUAACCACGCAGAUGAGGUCUGGCCUGGCCUCUACCUCGGAGACCAGGAAAUAGCCAGCAACCACCGGGAGCUGCGCCGCCUGGGCAUCACCCACGUCCUCAAUGCCUCUCACAGCAGGUGGAGAGGCACCCCUGAGGCCUACGAGGGGCUGGGCAUCCGCUACCUGGGAGUGGAGGCCCACGACUCGCCAGCCUUCGACAUGAGCAUCCACUUUCAGGCGGCCGCAGACUUCAUCCACCGGGCGCUGAGCCAGCCGGGAGGGAGGAUCCUGGUGCACUGCGCUGUGGGCGUCAGCCGGUCGGCCACCCUGGUGCUGGCCUACCUCAUGCUCUACCACCGUCUCAGCCUCGUGGAUGCCAUCAAGAAGGUCAAGGACCACCGAGGCAUCAUCCCCAACCGGGGCUUCUUGAGGCAGCUCCUGGCCCUGGACCGCAGGCUGCGGCAGGGUUUGGAGGCCUGAGGGAAGGGAGAGGGAGGUCCCUGGACCCCAGGAGGAGAGAGGAGGCCCAGGAGGCAGGUAGGGGGAGGUCUGGCUAAACCCUGCUCUCCUGUGGGCAGGAGAGUGAGAGGGCUGAGACAGGACCCCAGGCCACUGUUGCUGUUUGUCAGGAGGGGAUGGGGGGGUGAGGUUGGGCAGCGUGAUGAGCACCCAGGAGGGAGCUGACCAGGGAAGGCAGCUGGGCUGUAGGUAGAAAUGGGUCCUGGGAUACUGAUGCCGCUGGAUUCCAGCCAGGUGCUCCCGGGGAGUCACAGCCCUUUCCCCUCUUUGUGCUCAAGUGUUCCCCUCCGUCGUGCAUCAGAACAAAGGGACCAUCUCUGUCCUGUGCCUGUGCGGGGAGUCAGGGAUGCAGCAAGCACGCAUGUGAUGGUGUGGAGUUGUGCCGAGAUGGUUGGGUAGACAGACGGUGAAGAGAUGGUGUGAAAAGCUGAGGGAGAAACCCACAGACUUGUUACUCCAAACACAGGAGGAAGAGGUGUGGGAGGCUUGGCACUGUGCCCGAGGGUGCUGGUCGUGGCCCAGAACUGCAGAGGUGCAUGGCUGGGAGUCUUUAGAUAAUCACUCGUUUACUGGGUCCAAGUGUCUCCAGGAAAAAUAAAGAUGGUGAAUACAAAGUGGGCCUCCUGAAUCACUGGCAGCUUGUGUGAGGUCUGCACCCCUCUUCUGAGGACCUCACCUUGCUGGCGACAGCGCCAGUUUCUGACUCCCUCGUAAGGGUCAUAAGCUGCCAUCAGCCUUUAAACCUCCACUGGUUCUUAGGAGUCUGAUUUCACACUCCUGCUGCGAGCGAAAUCUUGAACUUGUUAUUUCCAGCUAUGGCCACACGGGGGCAGCAGAGGACAAAAAUUCAGGUUUUGCGAACACUUGGUGGUGUGACUCAGAGAGCACACCUUCCACCUCCCAAGCAUAAAAUUGGUUUCUGUUUACAAGGUCAGGUGUGCAAGAAAUAUAACUUUAUUUUUUCAAAGUCAACCUAAUUUCUAUAUCCAGCCUCCAUUCUAGUGGGAGAGCAGAAUAUUAAUCUUAAAUCAUCCCAGCCCUAAAUCCUACAUUCACAGGUUUGGGUUUUGCUUGGUCCCAAGAAAUUGGAGGGGAGGGAUGGAGAAGUGAUGUGCCUGCUUCCUCCUCUCAUCUUUCCAGUUUGCCUCCCAGGAGUGUAACAUAACCUCCUCAGUACAUUUAGACAAAGAACAGGUUCAACCACCAGAAAAAAUAGUAUGGUCUUUCUGUUACCCCAGCUCCCAAGCUGCCAGCCACCAUAUCUGUCCCCUUAAAAAAGAUGUGUUUUCAGGACAGAAUAUAUGCCCGAGUGGGAGAAGGGAAUGAGAUAUAAGAGGAAAUUUUUAAAAACGGGAAAAUCACUUAAUAGAUCUAAAGCAUAUAUUCGACCCCAAAGUACAGAAACUCAAUCUCAAAGCCAGAAGUUGCCUCUAUAGGUGAUCUAUUUCCACUCUCCAACAAGGCUUAAAGAAAUCAACUUUUCAGUAUGUUUGAUGAUAGGCAUUUAUUUGCUUGAACAUCUUUAAAAAUUUUUUUUUUAGUCAGGGAGGUAAUUCGGUUUAUUUAUUUAUUUUUAGCGGAGAUACUGGAGAUUAGAACCCAGGACCUCAUGCAUGCUAUACCCUCCCCCUUCUUGCUCUGUGUUUGAAGCCAGCUCUGGGGCCUCUCCUGUGUCCCCUCACUUUCAGCCUAACGAUUCUGAAGGUUUCCAAGGGUCUGCAUUUGUCAUAUUUCAAGUUUCCACCUGAGCCUGGCCAGUAUUGACAUCUCUUUCGAAUUGUGGCAACUAGAACUUGUCUCUGUGCUUCAGGCUAGACCUAUGGGGUAAGGGACCAGCGAGAGCUGUUGGCUGGUGCCUCCAAUUUUUAUUACUGUUAAGGGACAAUUUUAUCUUUUGGCGGGGGGACACCGUUUUAUGAAUAGUGAAUCCCAAUCAGUAUCGCUACUCUGUAAACGAGGCACUGAAACAGCAGAGGGAACACAUGAGGGAUUGUACAUAACGGACAAAACCUUUACAUUUUCUUACUGCGUUUAUACGACCAAUGCGUAUUUUAGCAAAGCUGAAUUCCUUAUUAAGCAAACAUUUUUGUAUAAGCUGCCUUCUCUUCUAUGUUUCUGCGCCUUUAUCUUUUGUUUGACUUACAGCAGUUGUGCCUGGAUAGCUUUAUCUUCUGCUCCUGUCUCCUGAGCUUUCUUAAGAUCAGUCAGUGCUUGGUCCUGUUCUUUUAAUCCUUGCCAUCCUUGCAUAGAGUGAGGGCUUCGCUAGGAAUGUUGACUCUAAUUAAACCGCACUGACUCCCUGUCAGAACCAUGGGCAGGAGGACUUACGCAUAACUAAAAUGAACCCAGAAAUAACUCGGGCUCUUAGAAGAACGGACUAUACCUAUGACCUGGGUAUAUGAUCUCGACCAGGGUAGACUACAAUAGAGGUGUCACCUCCUUUGUUCUAGUAAGUAUAUGACUACUAAUGUAACCCAACCCACAGCCACAGACCUAUUUUUGUUGUCUGAAUGUACCUCAGCUAAAUCCCCCCAGACUCCUUUCAAAUUGAAGGACUUAAGAUUUUAGCUCUAACUUCUCGGACAGAAGUAUAGCUACCAAAGUAUAUUUAACCAAAUAACAGCCUCCAGAUUUUCCUCCCAGAGCAGAUAGUAAAUUUUUUUAUUAUUUAACAAAGCCACAUUAUGACUCUGCCCAGACACUCCUCUGUCUUUACAGAUAUUAAGUCAUUUAAUCCUCGUUAAAAACCCCUUGAAGUGGCGUCAUUGUCAUUGCUUAGAAACAAGGAAACUGAGGUUAAGUAAUUCUUCCAAGGACAAACGAAUAGUGAGCAGCUUGAAGAGCUGGGAUUCAAACCCGGGUUCUCUGGCUCCAGAACAUGUGUGCAAGUAUCAGACUGCCACACAUCUCCCUCCACCAUGUAAGGGUGUGUGUGUGUCUUGGGGACCCACAUGGGUCACGGGAGGAAGGAAGGGGCACAGCCCGGUGGCCACACAGAAUCGGUCCUCCCGUCCUCCAAGGGGGCGGAGGGUGACACCUGUCACAGGGAGGUCUCACUCUCACUUGCCAAAACUGGCAUCCGGUUCUAGGGCAGUUGACUAGUUGGACCUAAGCAAAGGCUCUGAAAAUGAACAGGAAUAAAUAGGCUCUCGUUCGAUGCAGCCUGUGCCUCCAGCCGGCUGAGCCUUUGGGGAGCUGCGACUCGAGCCCAUCUGGCCAACCUGUCCUGCCUGCCCCGGCCUUGGCUGCCCCCUGAGGUUGACUCAAACCCUCAGGGCAGGCCCUGGGGCCUGGGGAGAGGGAGGGAUGUUUGCCCAGGCCCUCACCCUGUAAUUAAUCCCAGCUGAGAAGUUUGCCAGGGAGGGCGGUGAGCAAACACUGCUGUGUGUGGGCCCCGGGCAGCACACGGAGCUGGCAGCAGACUGCCGGUGCCUGGAGAGGGCGCCGCGUGGCUGCGCCGAAGGCCCCACUCAAACAGGUCCCUUGGGAAAGGAACCUCGUACACUGCUGGUAGGAGUGCAAAUUGGUGCAGCCACUGUGGAAGCCAGUAUGGAGGUUUCUUAAUAAACCAAAAAUAGAACCACUAUAUGACCCAGCAAUUCCACUCCUGGGUAUUUAUCUGAGAAAAAUGAAAGCACUAAUUCAAAAAGAUACACACACCCCAGAGUUCAUACCAGAACUAUUUACAAUAGCCAGGAUAUGGAGGCAACCCAAAUGUCCAUGGAUGGGUGACUGGAUAAAGAAGAUGUGGCAAACAUAUAUAUAUACACACAACAUAAUACUACUCAGCCACACACAAAAAAGAAUGAAAUAUUGCCAUUUGCAACAACAUGGAUGGACCUGGAGGGUAUUAUGCCAAGUAAGUCAGACAAAUGCUAUAUGAUAUCACUUACACGUGGAAUCUAAAAAAUGAAACAAACUAGUGGAUAUAACAAAACAGAAGCAGACACAGAUAUAAAGAACAAACUAGUGGUUACCAGUGGGAAGCGGGAAGGAGAGAGGGGGGCAAGACAGGGGUGAGGGAAGAAGAGGCACGAACUGCUAUGUGUAAAAUAAGUUACAAGGAUAUAUUGUCCAGCAUAGGGAACAUAGACAACAUUUUAUUAUAACUGUAAAUGGAAUAUAACCUUUAAAAAUUGUGCAUCACUAUGUUGUACACCUGAAACUUACAUAAUAUUGUAAACCAACUAUAUUUCAAUUUAAAAAAAAAAAAGAAAAUAGAAGGGGGAAAAAAAGAAAAAGAAAAAGAAAAACAAAACAAAACAGAUCCCUUAAGGAAAAGGAAGCCUGAAUGGAGAAGGGUGGGCCAGGUUACAGGAAAGAUAAACCCUGUUUACCACAGGUUUGUAUCCUCAGAACUUUUCUGAGGAAGGAGGAGGAGCAAAACAUUGAGAAGUUUAGGGAAGAGCCCUGUUCAUGCCCUAAACCCUGUGAAUUUGUGCCCUCCUGUGGCAAAGGGGAUUUAGAUGUGAUUAGAACUCCAGCCUUGCAGUGGGGCGGUUUCACUGGCGGAUCCGGUGGGUCUAAUUACAUGGGCCUUUAGAAGCAGAAAGCCUUUUCAAACUGUGGUGAGAGAUUCGAUGUGAGAACUGGACCCUGUGAUGCCUUUGAAGACAAGGAUGAGGGGGUGGUUGUGAACUGCGGGACGUUAGCACCUCUAGAAGCUGGAAAAGGCAAGAAAAUGGAUUCUCCCCUCCAUCUUCCAGAGAAGAAGGCAGCCCAGGUGACGACUUGAUUUUAGCCCAGUGAUCUACAAAACUGUAAGAUAAUAACUUGCAUUGUUUCAGCUAUUACGUUUGUGGUGAUUUGUUACAACAGCAACAGGAAACUGGUCAAAGCCCCUUGAUGCGCCGUGAAGACCCUUCCCCGUGAACAUUGAGCCACCAAUUAAAAACGUAGGGUUAAUCUUUAUGUUGAUUUUAAAAACCAAGAACUAGGGACACAUACCCCAGGGAGGAAGAUUGGGCAAGAGCUCUACAUCGGAGAGCAGAACUCACCAGCAGAAGGCGCCCUGUCUUCUGUGCCAAGUUUCAAUAACUGGGAAACGCUGACACAAUGCUGGGAUUUCCAAUCUCUCUUAGGGUUUUGAAAGGGACAGUGAGCUCAUGUUUGCUGACAGCCUGAGUCGGGGCCAUCUCCCUGAGACAAGGACCCGCCUGGCACUAGCCACCACUAUUUUCUUCCACUGCACCUGCCUUACUCCUUAAGAUGAUUUGCCUCCAACUCUGGGGUUAAUCAACCCUGCACCGCUGCAUCCUAACUGUAACGAGGCAGGACCCUGUGGGGCCCCCCAGGGUCAGACCCCGCCCCUACAUCCUCUGCUGUGGCUCCCCCCUGAAGCACCCAGAUAAUAUUAGCAUCUUAUGUAUAUAUUUCCUGAGUUUUUCAGUUGCUUGAAACCACCACCAAAGGGAAGAAAUUAACUACUUGAGGAACAGGGGCACGUGGCCCCCAGGCCUUCUGGCACCUGGGGGUUGAUAGUGUUGAACUCCCUGUUGUGCCAACAUCAACCAGAGGACUGUGCACUAGCUGAUCACACACCCUGUGACCCCCCUCCCUCACCCGGCCAUUAAAUAUGCUCUGCUGACACCCUCUGGAGAGUUCGGCAUUUUCUUGGGCACGAGCCACCCCGUCCUCCUUGCUCCAACUUACGAUAAAUCUUUCUCGGCUCCGAACUCAUGUUUCAGUUUGUUUGUCCUCAUGGCACAGCGGGCACACGAACC